CUUAAAUAACUUAUUACCCAUGGCCCUACCUUGUGCCUUAGCAACUUGCCUUAGUAUGUUGAUGAGUUUGUUCAUAUAUAGACCAGCACACAUGUGUACAAUCCCACCCAUAACCAAAGAAAGCAAGUUCAACAAAAAUGUCACCCAUUCAAAGCAAGAAUAGCUCUCAGGAUUUGCUCCAGGCUCAAGUUGACCUUUGGCACCAUGCAUUGGGAUUUGUCAAGUCCAUGGCACUAAAAUGUGCAAUGGAACUGCAAAUCCCUAACACCAUCCAACACCAUGGUGGGGCUAUGACACCUUCUGAGUUGGCCGCAAAGAUCGGGCUCCAUCCAUCUAAGCUUCCCCGCUUACGACGGCUCAUGCGGGUGCUCACCGUAUCAGGCAUCUUUGCUGUCCAUGAAUCCACCACGGCAGACAAGGAGGCUGUUUAUGUGCUUACCCCAACCACUUGCCUCCUCGUUAGCGAUGAAGUUAAAUCGAAUUUAUUUCCCAUUCUGUCUUUGAUGCUUGAUUCAACUGUCCUUGCCCCCUUUUUUGGCAUGAACUCAUGGUUCCUAGAUGAGCACUCUACAUCCUUGUUCAAAAAGGCUCAUGGCCUUACCUUCUGGGAGAUGGCUGACAAGAAUGAUUCUUACAACCAGUCAAUCAACAAUGCAAUGGUUUCUGAUAGUAACUUUCUCAUGGAUAUCAUCUUGAGGGAGUGUGGUGAUGUAUUUCUUGGUAUAAACUCGCUUAUUGAUGUCGCUGGGGGCCAUGGUGGAGCUGCCAGUGCAAUUGCGAAGGCAUUCCCGCAAAUGAAAUGCACAGUGUUGGAUCUCCCUCACGUGGUUGAAGAAGCUCCUACUGAUGACCAUGUGUCAUUUAUUUCUGGCGAUAUGUUCAAGUACAUUCCACCAGCGGAUGCUCUUUUCCUGAAGUGGGUUUUUCAUGAUUGGGGCGACGAAGAUUGUGUCAAGAUACUAAAAAAAUGCAAGGAAGCUAUCCCUCCCAGAGAGGCCGGUGGGAAGGUGAUAAUCGUAGAUAUGGUGGUUGGAUCUGGGCCAAAUGAAAUUGUUACAAGAGAGACACAGGUUUUCUUUGAUCUGUUUAUCAUGUUUCUCGAGGGGAUCGAGCGAGAGGAGUUCGAGUGGAAAAAUGUAUUCAUGCAAGCCGGGUUCAGCGAGUACAAAAUUAUAUCGGUGCUGGGGGUUAGAUCUGUUAUUGAGCUCUACCCCUGAACGCUCCACGCAAAAUUAUGUGGAGUAAUCAUAUUAUAUAUUCAAAAAACGGCAUGAACAGCGUUUGUGCUGUCUUGUUGUAUGCAUGUGCUUUGGUGUGACCGAUAUGUUUACAGCCAGCUUAUUGCAUUUUGCGAGGUGUGAGUAGUUGUGACCAGUGAGUUACCUCUGUCACUGCAAGACAUAUAUGUGUAGCAGGUUAUAUGGAGUCUGCUCCGGUCGUGUUUUUAUGUAUAAAUUACCAUCGACAGUUGGGUGUAUAUUUUCUUAAUGGAGAUAAUGAAUGAUAUUGAGAUGUUA